AAGGAAGAGAGAGAGAGAGAGAGAGAGAGAGAGAGAGAGAGAGAGAGAGAGAGAGAGAGAGAGAGAGAGAGAGACCAUCGUUCAACAGAAAAAUAUAUCUACUAAAACUAAAUAAUAAAAGUGAUGGUGAUUCUCUACUGGUGAAAGAAGACCAGUGAGAAAAGGAAAAGAAAAAGAAAAGAAAAAGAAACGAAAAGAAAAUAGCUUGAGUCUAAAACGAAUACGGGAGAAGGAAAAGGAAGAAGAAAAAGAAGAAAAAGAAGAAAAAGAAGAAAAAAAAAGAAAAAAAAGAAGAAGAAGAAGAAGAAGAAGAAGAAGAAGAAGAAGAAGAAGAAGAAGAAGAAGAAGAAGAAGAAGAAGAAGAAGAAGAGGAAGAAGAAGAAGAAAAAGGAGGAAAAAAGAGAAGAACGGUGCCAGCCAUUUCAUACCAUCCAUUACCGUUAUCUAACCUAAUCAAACUUAACCUCACCUCACCUCACCCUCACCCUACCCCACCUAACCUUCACCAUGUCUCUGUCGGCGCUGGGCAAAAUCAAGGUGAAGAUUGACGUGAAGCCAGCAGUGGAGAACCUCGUGUUUCGCCUCCACUACCGCUACACCUACUACUUCUUCACCGCCUCAGCGCUCCUCACCACCCUCUACAAUAUUAUCGGCAAGAAGAUCGACUGCAUCUCCGGCGUGGGCUCCGACUCUUUCAACGAGGUGGUGAACAGCUACUGCUUCAUCAUGGGCACCUUCACCGUGGACCGCCUGCACGGCCGCCAGGUGGGCCAGGAGGUGCCGCACCCCGGGGUGGGCCCUCCGGAGAUGCACGACUCCAUCACCUACCACACCUACUACCAGUGGGUGCCCUUCGUCCUCUUCGUGCAGGGCGUGAUGUUCUACGUGCCCCACUGGUUCUGGAAGCGGUGGGAGGGCGGCCUGUUCAAGCAGAUCAUCCAGGACCUCUCCAUCAGGAAAUACCUCGGCGGGAACCUCAAGAACUACUUCAACAGAAAGGACAUGAUCAAAACUUUGUCCAAAUAUGUGUCACGUACCAUGAACGGCCAUAAGAUGUGGGCGUACCGCUUCUCCUUCUGCGAGCUGCUCAACCUGGGCGUGGUGGUGGCCACUCUCUUCUUCACCGACUGGUUCCUGGGCGGGGAGUUCCUCACUUACGGCACCAGCGUAUUCGCGGUGGCGGGCCAGGACCCCGAGAACCGCACCGACCCCAUGUCGUACGUGUUCCCGCGGAUGGCCAAGUGCACCUUCAGAAGCUUCGGGGCGUCGGGGACCAUCCAGGUCAGGGACAUGAUGUGCCUCAUCGCCACCAACAUCGUCAACGAGAAGAUCUACCUGUUCCUGUGGGUGUGGCUGGUGCUGCUCACCACCCUCACCUCCCUCUGGAUGCUCUACAGACUCCUCACCAUCCUGCUGCCGCCACUCAGACUCCAUCUCCUCAAGGUUCGCGUGUCACCAUCAGUCAGUCAUGAUGUGGAGGCCAUUAUGCGCACAGCCUCCUUCAGUGACUGGCUCCUGCUGGUCAACCUUGCCCGGAACAUGGAGCAAAGUGUGUUCUCUGAGUUCAUACGGGAGUUCGCCGCUGAAGACUCCCGCACGUCUUCUCCAGGCACCGACCAGGACAACGACACUGAAAAACGCACCUCAAACUCUAACUGUAGGAUUUGUGCCGCAAUGGUGACGCUGGGAGUGUUGUGGGGAUGCUUUAGGUUGUUUUUCCUUACAAUGUCACUUGGAUUUAUGGGGUAAAGGUUAUUUUUUUUUAGGUACUUGUUGCCCAUAACCUAACCUAACGUAAUCUAAGCUAACCUAACCUAACCUAACCUAACCUAAUCUAACCUAACCUAACCUAAUCUAACCUAGUCUAACCUAACCUAACCUAAUCUAACCUAGUCUAACCUAAACUCAUCCACGCAAUACUCCAAGCGUUUGUGAUAUUACGUUACUUGCAGAGAGAGAGAGAGAGAGAGAGAGAGAGAGAGAGAGAGAGAGAGAGAGAGAGAGAGAGAAUGUGGUGAAACUUUUGGUGUUCUUGAUAUUACGUAAGUUGCAGAGAGAGAGAGAGAGAGAGAGAGAGAGAGAGAUAAAUUAGUUUGUGUUAUAAUAAAUAUUUAAACUGCCUCA